AUGUCAACCACCACCUCUACUGCGACCGCCACUAGCACCUUGGCCUGCAAGAACCUGUACGAUACUCCCAACAAAGAUGCCACCUGCGGUUUAUCCUACAGCAAGAAGCACAUUCAGAUCAUGAAGGAAUGCUGCGGCGACGCCCAGAUUGUCAGCUACUUCGAUAACUGUGGUCUAUAUUGCGUCGCCCUUGGUCAGACCACCGAUGAGCUGCAGAAGUGCAUGUGGGAUCAGGGCGCUGCUUGGGAGGCCCCUUUUUGCUCCAACACGACGGGCACUUCCCUCACUGCCGACCCCAAGAUUCCUGCGACUGCCAAGGCUACUGUUAUCUCGAACGACAAGGACGACGACGACGACGACGACGGGGAUAAGGACAGCGACAGCUCCGGUACCAAAUCUGCUUCGAGCGCCGAUUCUACCAACACCGACAACGCUGCUCCUACAGUGGCCCAUCUGUCCAUUAGCAAGAUGGGUCUCGCUAUUGGCGCCUUGCUGUUAUCCUCUCUUACUCUGGGAGCUUUCCAGAUUUGA